AUGCGUCACGUUUACGCGGCGGUUCUCGCUAUCUUCCCGUUGUUGGCUGCUGCUCGGUCGACCUCUAGCACUCGCAGCGCAAAUGUGAAUUACUCGAGGAUCUUCGGUGGGCUGUCUGCAAAUGCCAGUAUUCAUUAUCCUGGACAGGCCGAUUACAACACUACAACAGUCCAGCGCUGGUCGACUUGGGAUGAGCCGACUUUUGCUGUGACAAUCAAGCCGGCAACUGACGAAGAUGUGCAGUAUAUCAUUAAAACAGCCAACCACCAUAACCUAUCCUUCUUUGCUACUGGUGGUGGCCAUGGCGGCGAAACUGGUUUUGCCAGUGUGAAACAAGCAGUCAAUAUUGACUUAUCGAACUUCAAGGAAAAUGUCCUGGAUUUGAAGGCAAACACACUUACCGUCGGUCCCGGAAACCCUUUUUCUGCCUUCGAGACCAAUUUGUACAACGCAGGCAAAGUGGUUCCUGUUGGUAAUGCCUUCUGUGUCAACAUGAUUGGGGCUACAAUUGGCGCCGGUGUAGGACCAUUCCAGGGUCUUCACGGUUUGGUCAUCGAUGCCUUGCGCUCCGUCCGCCUAGUCACUGCUAGUGGGAAAAUUGUCACGGCCUCUGAAUCCGAAAACCCAGACCUUUUUUGGGCCGUUCGAGGCGCUGGUGCCAACUUUGGCGUUAUCACCUCGGCUACCUAUGAGAUCUAUGAUGCCCCCAAUAAUGGCAAUCUAAUUGAAGCCGACUUCACCUACCCAGGAUCCACGAAUGGUUCUCUUUGGCAACUGCUGGAAUCGUGGGACGAAACUUAUCCCAAGGAGAUGGGUCUGACUGUCGACGCAACUUACGAUCAAACGACGGGAGAAACAUCUGCGGCGGCAAGUUUGACUUACUUUGGCACCCAAGAAGCCGCACAGCCAUGGAUCGAUCAGUUUCUCGCUUUGAAUCCCACCAGGUGGCGGAACAUCACCGUUCCCUGGAGUAAAGCGAGUGAGUCUGCCAGCUAUGGGGAAGCGGCCGCGAAGACCUCUGCUUCAACCUAUACCGAGGUGUACAACAACUAUGUGGAGAUAAUGAAGUCGCGACCGUGGCUCACUGGUGCCCUUGUUGUCCAACGUUUCAACACCACGGCUACUCUUGCAGUCCCAGAGUCCAAGCGCGGUGUCUAUCCCGGUCGUGAAAUUAGCUCUCUAAUUAUUCUCGAAAACUACUACGAUGGCCCUGCUCACGACGCUGAAGUCUACAGCAUCAGCAAGAAGCUGCGUGACCAGCUUGUCCCGACGAGUGGUUUUGACAGUCUGACCACUUAUAUCAACUACGCACAUGGUGAUGAAGGCCCUGAGGUUUGGUAUGGUAAGGACAACCUUCCCCGCUUGGUGCAGUUGAAGAAAAAGUGGGAUCCAGAGGGCAAGUUUGGCGCAGGAAACCCAAUUCCUCGAUCUUAA